UGUUGCAGGGAGAAGCGUUGAUGUAGUUUCUCAUGAAGAGGACGAUGCAUUGUGUGUCUUCCAGCAGGGAAUACUGUCCUUUCCAGCGGGAGUAGGACGACUCUCCACACCGUUUCAAGAGGAUAAGACGCCGGUAACCCCACCACAAUGGACCUCUCCUUCAUGGCAACGCAGAUUCCGAUGAUGACAGGGGCCUUCAUGGACUCAUCUCCUAAUGAUGACUACAGCACCGACCACUCUCUGUUCAACUCGUCUUCCAGUGUCCACACUGCCUCCAUGGCAGCACAUGGUCAGCCUGAGGAGGCCCAGUCCAUGUCCGGGGACGCCAUUUGGCUCUGGAUCGCCAUCACUGCCACCAUUGGGAACAUUGUAGUUGUGGGCGUAGUUUAUGCAUUCACAUUCUGAAAGUAACUAUUCUGAGCCAGGUUGUUUGAAAGAACAUGGAUAUAGUUUAUGACAAGCUAUAAACCUCAAUGGGCUGUGAAUGCAUUCUCUGUCAAGUGGAUGACUCAGCAAAUGGAAUUUCAUCUAGUCACAAAGUACACAUCAGCAAAAUUACCCAACAGUCAUCAUUCCCAAAGCAAUUGAGUCAAAAUUAACUUCUGCCACCCAAGUGUUGUAGAGUGGAACAAAAGUGGCAACAGCAGACAUAAUGUACAAAAUUAUUCUUCGUUAAAUGUGUUUAUGUGCUUCAAAGUAUAGAUAUUUGUUCCUGGCUUAUAUGUUCUCGUGAAAAAUGUUUACUUACAGUAAAUUGCUCUUUGCAGGUACAAAGCAAAACACUCUUGCAGAGAUAGGUUUUUUUGUUCCAUUAUAUCAUAAGAAAAACCUUCAUUUUGGAACCAAUUUAAAUACAAACAUUUUAAUUUGUCAAACCCACUUUGAAGUCUUUAUUUAUUUAUUAAUUAUUUUUUAUUAUUUAGUGUUUUUACU